AUGUCUAUAUUAGAAACUGCCAGCCAGAAAAUGCAGCCUACUUCGGGUCGCAAAAAGAGCUCCUUUAUUCAAGGCGAUCAGGCCUCCCCUCUUUCCUCAGCAACACUUGGGAAUUUGAUCGAUGAACAAGGCGUGAAGAAUGGCGGUCGUAUUGCAACGGUUUUUCCCUGGCAACGGCAUUCCAUUUCGUAUGAACAGCUGGCGGAGCGAAGUCGCUUACUGGCCAAGUCAAUGCUGGAAGCUGGAUUGAAGCAUGGAGAUACUGUCGGAAUUAUGGCUGGAAAUUGCUAUCAGUACAUCGAGGCAUUUUUGGGCGCUGCCCGUAUUGGAUGUCCAUUUGUAGUAUUCAACAACACCUAUUCUCCUGUGGAGCUAUCAACUGCACUCGCUGUCAGCUCUUGUAGGAUCUUGUUCCUGGCGAGCAAUAUCGGUCCCAAAAGCCUCUCACCUCAUAUGCACGCAAUACAAAACAACUCCACAUCUCUCCCAGACUUGAAGCGAAUUGUCCUCAUAUCCCAGACGAGAAUUGACAGUCCUUCAGUAACAGUGGAAGUUAUCUCAUACUCAGCUUUCGUUGAUAAUGGGCAUUCCGUCUUUAUGCACAAAGGAGUAUUGCGAAGAGCUGAAAGAAGGGUCAAGAACACUGAUGUGCUCAACCUACAGUUCACUUCCGGAACGACGGGAGCACCAAAAGCAGCAAUGUUGACACAUCGAAACCUGAUCAACAACGGAAAAGUGAUAGGUGAUCGACUCGAAAUGACAGCGGAAGACCGGCUUUGCUGCCCUCCACCAUUGUUUCACUGUUUUGGUCUGGUCAUCGGCUUUUUAGCAGCCUUUACCCACUCAAGCACAAUCGUGUUUCCCAGUGACCAGUUCGAGCCAAACCAAGUCCUGGAUUCAAUUGCGAAUGAAAAAUGUACAAUCAUUCAUGGAGUCCCGACUAUGUUUUUGGCGGAAAUCGAGGCAAACAAUCAGAAGAAAUACACGUUCGACACAUUGCGCGUAGCAUUGGCUGCUGGAUCUCCAGUUUCCCCAUCUUUGGUGGACAGAAUUCAGAAGGAGAUGGGAGUUGAGAAAGUCUUGAUUGCAUAUGGCAUGACCGAGACAAGCCCGGUAACUUUCAUGACUUCGUUGGACGACUCCAAGGAAAUGUUGUUGAAGACUGUUGGUCGGAUAAUGCCACAUACCUUGGCAAAGAUUGUUGACGGUAAAGGAGAAACCCUGCCACGUGGUGUUCCCGGCGAGCUGUGGACUGGGGGUUACGCCUUGCAGAAAGGAUAUUGGCGAAACGAGGCAAAAACUGCAGAGGCGAUGACAAUAGAUGAGGACGGUGUGAGGUGGAUGCACACGGGUGAUGAGUGCUUGAUCAACGAUGAUGGCUAUUGCGUGAUCACAGGAAGAAUCAAAGAUCUGAUCAUCAGGGGUGGCGAGAACAUUUCUCCGGCCCAGGUUGAAGACCGCCUGACCGAGCAUGCAUCGAUAGCUGAGGCAUGUGUGAUUGGCGUGGCGGACGCCAAGUACGGAGAAGUUGUGGGCUGCUUUCUUCGCCUGCGAGACGGUGCUCCAAAACCAGUGUCGGACGAGAUUGUCCAGUGGGUCCGGGCAGGACUUGGAAGUCACAAAGUCCCGAAGUACAUAUUUUGGAUUGGUGAACCUGGAGUGGGUAAUGAAUAUCCGAAAACAGGAAGUGGGAAGCAUCAGAAGCAUAUCCUGAGAGCUAUUGCCUCUAGACUUCUCUCCCAACGGGAUUUGAAGGCAAGAUUAUAG